AUGUUUAUCAAGGCUGGGCCGGGACCGGCCGAACCGGAGCGACGUGGAUCUGUGUCCAAUUGGUUUUCGUCUCUAAGACGCGGUGGCGGGCGUCGUAAACGCGAGGAAACAGCCGUACCGUCGGGAUACGGUUCUCUUGGCAGGCGGAAAGAUGGCACCCAGCCUCGGGGCAAGACCCGGUCCGCCUGGGAUCUUACAUCCGUUGCUAGACUGCAACUCAAAGAUGAACUCGGUGAAGUGGUCGCGGAGCUGGAGGCUCUGGAUGGGCAGGAAGAGUGUAAGCAAAACAGUAAAGCCAAGCAGAUGAGUAUCGGCAGAAAGAAAUUCAAUAUGGACCCGAAAAAAGGAAUCGAAUAUCUUUACGAAAACGGCCUACUACAACGAACACCAGAAGAUGUAGCACAAUUUCUACACAAAGGCGAAGGCCUGAGUAAAACUGCGAUAGGCGACUACCUCGGCGAACGUUCAGAAUUCAAUGAAGCAGUUCUCAAAGCGUUUGUCGAAUUACACGACUUCACGGAUUUAAUACUAGUUCAAGCGCUGAGACAAUUUUUAUGGAGUUUCCGUCUACCGGGCGAAGCUCAGAAGAUUGAUCGAAUGAUGGAGUGUUUCGCACAGAGAUAUUGCCAGCUAAAUCCAGAUAUCUUUACAAAUGCAGACACGUGCUAUGUACUAAGUUUUGCGAUAAUAAUGUUGAACACAUCACUUCACAACCCCAGCGUAAAAGACAAGCCGUUGCCUGAACAGUUCGUCGCAAUGAACCGAGGGAUCAACAAUGGAGGUGAUCUACCGCAGGAGUUACUUUUAUCAUUGUACGAGUCGAUAAAAACGGAGCCCUUCAAGAUUCCCGAGGACGACGGAAACGAUCUCAUGCAUACUUUCUUCAAUCCUGAUAAAGAAGGAUGGCUGUGGAAACAGGGUGGAAGGUACAAGUCGUGGAAGAGACGGUGGUUUAUUUUGAAUGACAACUGCCUGUACUACUUCGAAUACACGACGGAUAAAGAACCAAGGGGCAUCAUUCCAUUAGAGAAUAUUUCUGUUCGUUCGGCGAGUGAUAGACAAAGGCCAUAUUGUCUGGAACUGUAUGCGAGUGGUGGCGCUGAUCUCAUUAAAGCCUGCAAGACAGACUCUGAAGGGAAGGUUGUAGAAGGAAAACACACUGUGUACAGGAUGUCGGCAGCAACAGUAGAAGAACGAGACGAAUGGAUCGAAUGUCUCCGUCGGUCAAUCAGUCACAAUCCAUUCUACGAUAUGUUAGCACAACGCAAGAAAAAAGCGCAGCACAAUGUGCAUUCUAGUUCACAUUAG